UACAAAUGUUGUGAACACUGUUGCAUUGUGGGACAGAUGAUUGACGCGGCGGCCAUUUUCCCGCUGGACGCUGCUUCCCAUUGUGGAUACGAAGAAGAAAAUACAGACAAGCGAAGCGUUUCUCAAGACUUGAACCCACACUUUUCCUCUAGGUAAUUCGCAGGAGCCAUGGCCCGUACCAAGCAGACUGCCCGUAAAUCUACUGGAGGUAAAGCUCCACGUAAGCAGCUGGCUACAAAGGCUGCUCGCAAGAGUGCCCCUUCCACUGGUGGUGUCAAGAAGCCCCAUCGCUACAGGCCAGGUACUGUGGCUCUGCGUGAGAUUCGUCGUUAUCAGAAAUCCACUGAGCUGCUGAUCCGCAAGCUGCCUUUCCAGCGUCUGGUCAGAGAAAUCGCCCAGGACUUCAAGACCGAUCUGCGUUUCCAGAGCGCUGCCAUUGGAGCUCUGCAGGAGGCUAGCGAGGCCUACCUGGUGGGUCUGUUUGAGGACACCAACUUGUGCGCCAUCCACGCCAAGCGUGUCACCAUCAUGCCCAAAGACAUCCAGCUGGCACGUCGUAUCCGUGGCGAGCGCGCUUAAACGCUGUCUUCCCCUCUUGGUCUUUUUCCUUCUCACCUCUACCUGCCCUCCCUUCACCAGUCUGUCAUCUCCCUUUCCCUCUGCUCCUCACCUGUCCCCCUCCCCCUCUCCCUGUGUUAGUAGUGUGUAGAGGAAAACUGAUUAUAUUAUGAAUAAAGUGUAUAGUCGUGUUUUCUUAGUGCUCUUGGCAGCAUAUUCUAGGGUACUCUCUUUUUGUGCAUGUACCAACUCUUGGUGAUGAGAUCUCCUCAUGUGCACACAUCUCAUUUGCACUGUUUCUAAUCUGACUGUUGGGGAGGGAGGGGAUGUCGGAGAAUGAACGUGGAGAAAAUCAUGGAUGAACAAAGCAAAUGUGGAAGGGACAGACAGGAGGAGAUGAUGGGUUUUAGUCUGCUGGGGGGCAUUUGUCUCUUCUCUGCAGCAGGGUGCUAGAAGAACUUCCCUAAUCCUCUUCUCUUGGGGCCUGUCCUCUACUGGAGAAGAAUUGACAGUGUUAGUCUUUUCUCACAAAGGUGGAGGCUGGUAUUCUGUCCCUGUUUGUGUCUGCAUGAACUCUGAUCACCUCCUCAAAUUGUAUACAGUCCAUCAGCAUCUUUGGUAAGGUUAAUUUCUGAUAACCAUAUUGAUCAUUGCCGUCAUUUGUUAUGUUUUGUUUUUCAAAUAACCAUCACACGUGGGAUUUUUUUUUCACUGCAAACUGUUUGUGAAUUUCACUGAGACGGGGGGAUGAAUCAGAUUAAAACACAAAGAACAAAAACAAAAAGCAGAAAUAUUUUUUUGUACUGAAAUGUGACGCUACUGAGUGGUUUUGGCACCAAAGUUUGAUCCUCUUGUAGAUGCUCUUUUCCUAACUGACAGAAAAAAGUUUUGCCUCACCUGUUUUUGUGGUGUUUGGAUUGGUUUCAACUAAUUAUUUAAACCAAAGUUUGAGCUCAAGUACGGUGUCAGAAAUAAUUUUUGUAGCAAUGGCAUAUUUUUUAAUAAAGAACCUUUUUAUAGUAAAGGUUCCUCAAGGUUUGUAAUGUACUCCAAAACCCAAAGUACUCAAAGUGUGAACCUAAUUUUUUAAAGCAAAAUAACUGAUUAAAAUGUGAAGAUGUAUCGUUAAUCAGUGUUACAUGACAGUAAUAAUGGUCAUGUUUUCUGUAUACGUCCCCCCUUUGCUUCUUUUUCUCUCCAGAUCUGUUGAUCAUCUGUAUACCGUUUCUCAGGUUGACUUGUCACCCUUUUAACUUAAUUUUUAUUUUUGCUCAAUUUGAUUUUCUUUCUUUUUUUUUUUUUUUUUUUUUUUUUUUUGAAAUGUUAAGGAUGAUGUUUCAAUUAAGCAAUGUUUGUAAUUUCCAGAUUUGUCAUAUAAGGUGGUAAUAAAUGGAUGUUACACACAC